AUGUCUGUCGAGCGCCUGAGCCACGAUGGCGCCAGUGGCGACACCGUCGUCACCGACCAGAACAACGAAAAGUCAUCCGUCGACGCGCCGACUCCGGCACCGGAAGCCGAUGCGCCAGAGACUGAUGCGCCGGAGGCUGAUGAGACCGCCCAACCGACGGCGGAGGAAAAGGUGCAAGAAAAUACAACUGAAGGAGCACCCCUGGAUCGCACGCCGUCUCAGGCCGCGAAAAUGGGCAAGAAGAAGAUCGCAGUCGUCAUGGCGGCUCUCUGUCUGGUUUUGUUUUUGGCGGCCUUGGAUAUGACAAUCGUUUCGACGGCCCUGCCUACCAUCGCAACCUCUUUCAACGCCUCGGAAAGCGGCUACUCAUGGAUCGCCUCCUCGUAUCUGCUGGCCAACGCCGCCUGUAUCCCACUAUGGGGCAAAAUCAGUGAUAUCUGGGGCCGGAAGCCGAUUAUCUUGCUGGCCAACUUCUUGUUCCUUAUUGGCAGCUUGGUGUGUGCCUUGGCGAAGAACUUGCCCAUGAUUAUCGCAGGCCGAGCCAUCCAAGGUAUUGGUGGCGGAGGUAUCAUCGUCCUGGCAAACAUCAGUGUCUCUGAUAUGUUCAGCAUGAGAGAACGUCCGAUGUAUUACGGUCUGUUCGGCGCUACUUGGGCCAUUGCUGGUGCUCUAGGACCUAUUGUCGGUGGUGCUUUUACCACUGAUGUGACCUGGAGAUGGUGCUUUUACCUUAACUUGCCCAUUGGCGGAGUCUCCUUCGUCAUCCUGACCUUGUUCCUCAAGAUCGAAUCGGCCAAGACACCGUUACUCGCUGGCCUGCGCAGCAUCGACUGGACAGGCACUGUCUUGAUCAUUGGCGGUACUAUCAUGUUCCUCUUUGGAAUGGAGUUCGGCGGUGUCAACUUUCCUUGGGACUCAGCCACGGUGAUCUGCCUAAUCGUAUUUGGCGUCGUCGUCUGGGUGCUGGCAAUGCUGUCGGAGUGGAAGCUGGCCAAAUACCCCAUCAUCCCAACACGCCUCUUCAACGACUGGUAUAAUGUGCUCAUUCUCCUGAUCACCUUCUGCCACGGAUUCACUUUUAUUGCCGGAGCCUACUAUCUCCCGCUCUACUUCCAGACGGUUCUUCUGGCCUCCCCAAUCUUGAGCGGAGUCUACGUCCUACCCAUGGUUCUUUCUCUGUCAGCCAUCUCAGCCGGAACCGGUAUCACGAUGAAGAAGACGGGCCGCUACCGCGAACUGAUCCAAGCCGGUCUCUUCUUCAUGACCCUAGGCUUCGGUCUGUUCAUCGACCUCAAGCCCUACGCCUCCUGGCCCCGCAUCAUCAUCUUCCAGCUCAUCGCUGGUGUUGGCGUUGGCCCCAACUUCCAGGCUCCUCUCGUGGCUUUCCAAGCCAACAUCCGCCCAGCCGACAUGGCUACCGGAACAGCCACAUUUGGCUUUGUCCGCCAGCUCUCUACGUCCAUCUCCGUCGUCCUGGGCACGGUCAUCUACCAGAACGUGAUGAGCCAACAAGCCGGCAAAAUUAUUGCUGCCAUCGGCCCCGAGCGCACCGCCAUCAUCUCGUCUUCCUUCGCAGGAUCCUCCAAGUCUCUCAUCGAGAAAUUGGAACCUUCCCAGCGUGCCGUCGUCCUCGAGGCCUUCACAUACGCCCUCAGCCGCAUGUGGAUCUUCUACACCUGCAUAUCAGGCGCCGGCUUUAUUCUCUCGCUGUUCAUCCGCGCCCGUGUAUUGAGCCGCUCGCAUACCGUCCAAAAGACCGGUCUUGCCGAGCAAGAGCGUGCGCGCCAGGAGCUCCUCAAGGACGAGGCCGCGCGCAAGGGGGAGUCCAAACCCGAGGCUGACGUAUAG